AUGAAAAAACAUCAAAUAACAUCAAACGAGACGAUUAAAACGAUUAAUGUCCCUUUUUCAGGUACAAUUGGUCAUGUAGCACAUGGAAAAUCAACCAUUGUUAAAGCUAUUUCUGGGGUGCAGACUGUUCGUUUUAAAAAUGAGUUAGAGCGAAAUAUCACAAUAAAAUUAGGAUAUGCUAAUGCGAAAAUAUACAAGUGUGACAAUGAUAAGUGUCCGAGACCUGGGUGUUACAUCUCUGGAGGGUCUAGCAAAGACGACUCUUUUCCGUGCCUACGUCCAAUAUGUUCUGGUCGAUUUAAUUUAAUUCGCCAUGUAUCUUUUGUGGAUUGUCCAGGUCAUGACAUUCUUAUGGCAACAAUGCUUAAUGGAGCAGCGGUUAUGGAUGCUGCAUUACUAUUAAUAGCUGGAAAUGAAUCUUGCCCUCAGCCGCAAACAUCGGAGCAUUUAGCUGCGAUUGAGAUUAUGAAACUAAAACACAUUGUUAUUUUGCAAAAUAAAAUUGAUUUAGUAAAGGAGGGUCAAGCAAAAGAGCAGUAUGAUCAGAUACAGAAAUUCGUUCAAGGUACUGUAGCUGAAGCGGCUCCAGUGAUUCCGAUAUCAGCUCAGCUGAAGUAUAAUAUUGAAGUACUGUGCGAGUACAUUACUAAGAAGAUUCCUGUACCCUUGCGCGAUUUUACUUCAGAACCUAGAUUAAUUGUGAUUCGUUCUUUUGACGUUAAUAAACCUGGUUGUGAAGUCGAUGAUCUUAAAGGGGGAGUAGCUGGUGGAAGUAUUCUGAAGGGAGUAUUAAAGGUCGGAAUGGAAAUAGAAGUUAGACCUGGAUUGGUCUCUAAGGAUAGUGAAGGGAAACUAACUUGUCGUCCAAUAUUUUCUCGGAUAGUUUCCUUGUUUGCUGAACAAAAUGAACUGCAGUUUGCAGUACCUGGUGGACUUAUAGGCGUAGGAACAAAAAUUGAACCCACUCUUUGUCGUGCAGAUCGCUUAGUUGGUCAAAUUUUAGGAGCUGUGGGAGCAUUGCCCAAGAUUUUUAUAGAAUUGGAAAUAUCCUACUAUCUUUUGAAACGAUUGUUAGGUGUGAGAACCGAAGGAGACAAAAAAGGAGCCAAGGUACCUAAACUGUCAAGAAACGAGGUGCUUCUGGUCAAUAUUGGCUCGCUGAGUACAGGAGGUCGUGUUUUGGCUACAAGAGCUGAUCUUGCCAAAAUUAGCUUAACCAAUCCAGUAUGUACAGAAGUUGACGAGAAAAUUGCCUUAUCGAGACGAGUGGAGAAACAUUGGCGUUUAAUUGGAUGGGGUCAAAUUCGUGGAGGGGAAACUAUUGAACCUGUAUUGGAUCACAAAUAG